AUGUCCGACAGUCGCCAUAUUGUGAUUGUGGGUGGUGGUAUUAUCGGCACGAGCAUUGCGUACUACUUGAGCCGUACCAAGGAUGCCCCUGCCAUUACGUUGCUCGAGUCGAGCAAGGGUGUGGCACCUGGCGCUUCGGGCAAGGCCGGCGGCUUUCUUGCGCUGGACUGGCAUGGCAUGGCGACAUCGAGUCUCGCUGCAUUGAGCUACAAACUUCAUCGCGACCUUGCGAAGGAAAAUAACGGUGCGGAGCGCUGGGGCUACCGCGAAGUCGAGACGCACCAACUCUCGCUCGACACCUCGCGCAAGCCGCGCUCGCGCCCCAAGAUCAACUGGCUGAACCCCAAUGUGUACAUCUCGACGAGCCCGAUUGGUGGCGGUGGAUCGACCGCCCAGGUUACCCCGGGCGAUCUGACGCGUUUCCUUGCGGACCAGGCCCAGGAGGCCGGUGUGCAGCUGCGUCUUGCGACCAAGGCCGUGGGCCUUCAAAUGGACGCCGGCAAGGUGACUGGCGUCAAGGUCGAAGCUGACGGAAAAGAGGAGACGAUCCCUGCGACGGAUGUCGUGAUUGCGACUGGCCCCUGGACCGGCAAGCUGCUGCACAAGUGGUUCACGCCCGACACCCUCCCCUCGUUCCUGCGCGCCGCGGCGCAGAUCGAUGGCAGCCGUGCGCACAGCAUCGUUAUUCAGGCUGCCAAGAACCACCAGCUGUCUGCUGACUGCUUCUUUUCCGAGAUGCGCUACGGCAACUCGGCCGGCGCGCCGGAGCUGUACAUCCGCCCCAAGGGUGUGGCGUACAUCUCGGGCGGCACCGACGACGUUCCGAUCCCGGAACUUGCCGACGACGUCCAGUUUGACAAGAAGUACACCGACGAGUUGCAGCGCCAGGCGGCCGUGGUCUCGCCAGAGUACCUGGACGUGAAGAGCGAUGCGACGCUCAAGCGCGAGCAGGCGUGCUAUCUCCCGCUCUCUCCGCGCACCGCAGCUCCGAUCAUCGGUGGCAACGCCGAGUCUGGCAUCUACCUUGCCGCCGGCCACGCCGUGUGGGGCAUCAACAACAGUCUCGGCACCGGCAAGGUCAUGGCCGAGUUGCUGCUCGACGGCAAGGCGACCAGUGCCGACAUCCGCCAUCUCCAGCCGUAG